GCAGUCGCCUUUUACGCACCAGCGAGUGGAGAUUAGUGCCGGAGACUCGCUCUCCUCUCGCCUACCUCGCUCACAUUAUUUCCUGAUAUUUGGACUUAUCUUUUCCCAAGAUUUUCGGAGCUACUCGCUUGCUCGGACUGGACUAUAACCUGCACGCGAACGCCGUGCGCAGCGAAGAGAUGCGAAUUUUAUCCUGAGACAACAUAUUGCUAAAUGCUGCUUUAGAGUGAAGACGUGAGAGGCACCAGCCUACACAUGGAGUCCAGGGUUCCCCACCACAUCCCCGGAGUGUCCUCCUCCCUCAUAUCCCAGCCCCUGCUGGACAGUCGAGUGCCCUAUGGCCGCCUGCAGCACCCCCUCACCAUCUAUCCCAUUGACCAGAUAAAGUCCUCGCAUGUGGAGAACGACUACAUUGACAGCCCAGCUGUUGUCUCCCAGCAGCCCCCGAGUCAGAAGUCAUUAAACCGAAGAAUCACCUGGCUUGGUCAGAAUCAGGAGGCCUUCCUGGGGGCAAACCACAACCAUCACCACAAUCACCAACACCAGCACCACCAGCAGGGCAGGUGUGAACCCCACCCUCACCAGGACACCACCACCCACCCUUGGAUUUCCUUCAGCGGGAGGCCCAGCUCUAUCAGCAGCAGCAGCAGCACCUCAUCUGAUCAGAGGCUGCUGGACCAUGCUGCACCCACCCCGACGGUGGACCACCACCCAAACCUGCACCCUCACCAGGGCCCCUUCAACACAGUCACUACCCGAACUCCAGGCUGCUUCACUUCCUCUGAAUCUAAGGUCCUCACCUCCUCUUCCUCUGCUUCCUCCUGCUCCUCCUCCAAAUCGCUGGACCUCAAGUCUGCAAAGAUAACUGUGGCAGGCGUGUGCUCCACUGGUGGCCAGCAGGGGUUGGCGCUGAUUCCAUCCUCCCCAGCCGAGAAAAAGCACCUCCUUCUCUGCGAGCACUGCGGGAAGUGUCGCUGCACGGAGUGUACGCUCCCCAGAACCCUACCCUCUUGCUGGGUCUGCAACCAGGAGUGCCUGUGCUCUGCUCAGAGCCUGGUGGAUACAGCCACCUGUAUGUGCCUGGUCAAAGGGAUCUUCUACCACUGUACUGAGGAUGAGGAUGACGAGGGCUCCUGCGCCGACAAGCCCUGCUCAUGCUCCCAGGCCAACUGCUGCGCCCGCUGGUCCUUCAUGGCUGCCCUUUCCCUCGUCCUGCCUUGCCUGGUCUGUUAUCUGCCUGCGAUGGGCCUAGCCAAACUGGGACAGAAGUGUUACGACAAUGUUAGCAGGCCUGGCUGCCGCUGCAAGAACUUGCAGGGUGGCAUGAGCGUCCCUGUGUGUACAAACGGAGGCGUGGAGGCCAAAGUUGGGACACUCGAGAAGCAGCAGCAGGGGUCAUGAUACAGGACCAAACUGGCUGGCAGUGGCCUUGGUAAAAUAAAAAUGGACGGGACCACCUAGUAACUGCUCACUCUGUAUUAAUAGGACAAUCCAACACCAACCCCUUAAACUACCCCGUUAAUUUGCUGGAAGAUGACUUAUGUAAAACAAAGGUACUUAAAUGGCUUUUUGACCUAUGUUUGAUAGGGUGGUGAUCAAAACGGGCCUGAUCUGCAAGAGUUGGCUAGUAGGAAUAGUUAACAGGCCUUUUGUCAUGUUUUUUUUAGUUGUUGUUGUUGUUUUGUUUGUUUAAUUUUUUUUUUGUUUGGUUUUGUUUGGUUUUUUUUGUAAGAGGGACACAAGAAGAAGAGACUAGAUUGUGGGACUGGUGUUUGUGUUGUUGAGUGAAGAUGGCUGAAGGCACAAAGUCAUUGUACCUCCCUGCUGCUCUGUAUUUCUCAGCUAAUUUUUUAAACGGUAACUAACCAGAAGCUGGUUGCUCAUCCUUGGAUAACAUAGAAGUUAUAUGAUGGAGAUAAAUAUAUGUACAACCCCUCCCACCCCCAAAAGCACAGCCCCGUGUCCCCCUUGUCUAAACAAACAUGAAAACAAGUGAUUACCUAUACUGUGGCUUUACGAUAGGCCACUGCAAGAGUGAAACCACCACUUACUCACUCACUCACUCUCUCUGCUAUUAUGAUGAUCACCAAUCUCUUAGUGUCACCAUUUUCCCUCUCAUACGUUAAAGAUGCUGGCAUGGUAGUGCUAACAUUUUAUCUCUAAGUUUUUAUCUCCAUGGAGGAGCUGUAAAAACAAACCCUUUGAGACUUUAAAAUAAUAGUAAUUUCCCAUUAUUCUCACUCUGCAUUGUGUGCAAGCAGUUGUACUGCAGGAGAGAGAGAGAGAGAGAAUCACUUCCCAGUGUGUUUUCUAUUCUGGGGGGUAAAGCCCAGAUAUUCUAGAGAUUUUGAAUGCCGUUCACCAAUCACCUCAGAGGUAAUGCAUGUCAUGACCUGCAUGCUCUAGUGUAAUGGUUACCCACCGUGCUAGAAGUCGAUGUGUCGUAGAGAAAUGUGUAAAAAAGUACACCCAACCUUCUCAGGGACUGUCACAGUAAUCCUCUCUAGAACUUGGCCUACAGCGUGUUGAUUUCAGAACUGCCUAAGAGCCUGGUCUGUUUCCUCUUUGCACAAGAAGGCAAGGAAACGUUUCAGGCCAAAAAGGCAGUAGUGAAUAAUUUAAAACAAGUAAGCUAAGUGAGAGACAAACUGGCCAGAAAAUAAUAUUUCCGGAGGAGAGGGGAUGCAAGUGAUAGAGAGUGAAGAGGGGGAGAGAAGGCAUAGCAAAGUUGUUGUUGUGUUUGUAUCUAGUCAGCCUUUGUUGAAAUCAAACCUGCCACUUGCACAACCUUUUUAGGAAGACACAAACCCCCUUAAAGGAUGUACUAAAGCACAGUAUUAACCACCUCAGCUAUCUCACAUUACAUUGGCAUGCAAUACAUUUAGCCCACACACCCCAGCCCCCCUCUACACACACAGUGUCUUCAUUAAAUUCUAAUCAUUAUGCUGCAUAGCUGCUUUAGUCAGAUAGUCUAUCUUUUAUUCUGAAAGUCUAUUUUUGUGGCUCGCAUGACAUUCUUAGGACUUUGCCAAAGGAAGCUAGCAUACAGUAGCAUGUUUUCGCUGUCCGAGUGACCACAGUUGUUAUGCACUCUUGCCAAAUGGAGUUGACGGCAGUUGGUUCUUAAAGGCAUGCUGCCCUUUAAUACGGAUGGCCUUUUCUGUUUGGCAUAAAGGCAUACUGUCUUUGUUGCUCUGUAACACACACCUCUCUUUCAUGAUGGACCCUUAACUUCCAUUGGGGUGCCUACAUUUGCUCAUACCUGUAUUUGUCUUGUUGCACAAAGCCAAUGUCACACAGGAAAAAAAAAAAAGGAGAGAAAAAAAACACACUGUCCUAAGUCUUGAAUGUAUGAGGCAAUAUUUUCAAAACCUAGCAAUUCAGUCUGAGAGAAAGGUGCCAAAACUGAGAAUGAUUGUGUGAAUGGGCAAAGGCCUAGUAGGUGUAAGUGGGCAGCGAAAAUCACAAAUGUUUUGACAAUAUAUUUAGUAAUAGAGCUAUGCAGGUGAAAUGUUAUUUGCUGUAAAUAGUUUCACAACAUUUGUGUUCUUUAGAAGAGACUUUUAAAUGUCCUUGAAAGAUUGCAUGGUACAUUAUAACUACAAUUCAGUACAAAAUAUAUAGAGAAUAUAUUAGAUAUAUAUUUUGAGGGUAAGAUAAAGAUGUUUUUGAGGUUGUGAGAAAAAGAAAAGAGGGACAGUGGCGAGAGGAAGGUUUGGGAAGGGGUAACAAAAAUGACAGGUCUUUCUAUCACUAGCACUUGAUUUAGAAAAGUGUGCCUGGCAAUAAAAAAGAAAAAAAAAAAAAACUCCUGCUAUUUAUGCUAUCCAUGGCUCAUUAGCAGUCGAGAGGCUAAGCUAAUUCCCUGGUUCCUCUCCGAGUCCUAAAGACUGUGGACUCAUUGAAUCCACACAGGGAACACAAUCUACCCCUAUCCGGAUCAACCCAUUUCCUGCUGUUACUGCUCAGUGUCUCAGCUCUCUCCCCUCUUUUUCUCUUUCUUGCCCCCCCCCCCCCCCCUUCCUCUUGUCCCUCUUCUUCCCUCCUUCCUCCCUGAGAAAUUGUCCAACAAACACCCCUGGCCUUGAUUGACAAACACAGCUGCUGUGCAUAAACUUGUCAUACCACAGAGACAGGAGAGAAAGACAAGUCUGUCUCUCUCUUUCUCUCCCUCUCUCGCUGUUUCCGUCUGUCUUUGUUUUUCUCUCGAGUUGUGUUCAGUGCCAUCUUUUUAACCAGUGGACCUCUUUUUUCAACAGUUGUUGCCUUUCUUUUCUUUAAUUCCUCAGCUCUGUCACUGCAAGACUGAUGUUUUUCACUUCACAUAAGCUUUAUACUUCUACAUGUGCUCGCUAGCCUUUUUAAGGCGUGGAAUAAUCACCAACAACAUCAAUCAAUGAUUAAAACCUUUUCGUUCUUUCUGUUUUGUUUUUUUUCCUUUGCUACAAUGCUGUGAUUUUUACACACUCAUAUCCCUUUGUGUCGCUCAUUUGCGGGCACAGAUCUUUUUUUUCAACCUAAACAAGAGGAAAAGUCUCUGGGUGAUGCUACUCCAUUCCUUUAUGCCUUUGCAAUGUCAAUGUUGGGGAUGAAGAAAUGAGAUCUGUGCUUUUGUUUUGUUUAGAUAUAACAAAAAGAAAAAAAUCGCUCAUAUAAAAGGUUCCCUUUAUAGAUAUAUUUAUUUUGAAGUUCUAUUUUAUAUAGUAUUUAUUUAGAUGCCAACUUUUUGUUUGUGAAGAAAGCUUAUGUCGAAAUGGAAUGUACAUUGACAAU